CCACAGCCACCAGCCCCAACGUGAAGAUGACUCCCACUGCUAGUCUGCUGCUGCUGCUCCUGCUGGGGUUCUCAGAAGCAUAUCCGCUCGUUGAUGAAGGAACCGAAGCAAAUGACCAAAUGGACGAAGAUGACAGCAUCGAUAUCAGCACCAGGAUUCUGAACUCCAACAACGGCUCCAAUGAGAUGUUGCUGGAAGGAGACGUGUUGGUUCCCACUACCAGAAAUGCAAUGAAGUGCUUUUACCAGCAGUGCCUCUGGAAGAAAGCCUCCAACGGCUUGGUGACGAUUCCCUUCGUCAUCAGCAAUGAGUUCACCGGCGCAGAGACGCAGGUCAUCGACAGAGGCUUGAAGUCCUUCCACACAGGCACCUGCAUCCGCUUUGUCCCCCGUAGCAACGAGAACGACCACAUAAGCAUCGAGAGCAGAGGCGGAUGCUUCUCUUCUAUGGGCAGAACAGGUGGCAGACAGGUAGUCUCUCUCAACA